GCAGACAGAAAACCUUAGUAAACAGUAGCUAACGUUAGUGGAGGCGUUGAGAGAGAAAACUGAGGGAUGGCAACGGAGCAAAAGAAGACGAAGAAACAAGUGAAUCUGUUCUACUCCCUCCAUUGUCAAGACCUUGCUCACAAGGUUGCUCAUCACUGUGACCACAUCAUUCUCCAGAAUAUCACAUGGAGGUCUUUUGCUGAUGGGUUUCCAAAUAUAUAUAUAAAUAAUGCAGAAGAGCUUCGAGGUCAACAUGUUGCUUUUUUGGCUUCUUUCAACUCCCCUGCACAUGUCUUUGAGCAACUUUCAGUCAUAUAUGCACUCCCUCGUCUCUUUGUUGCUUCCUUCACAUUGGUGUUACCUUUCUUUCCAACUGGUUCCUUUGAGCGAAUGGAAGAGGAAGGAGAUGUAGCCACUGCCUUCACCCUUGCAAGGAUGCUGUCAAACAUCCCAAUUUCAAGAGGUGGCCCAACUAGUUUAGUCAUAUAUGACAUUCAUGCUUUGCAGGAGAGAUUUUAUUUUGGAGAUGAGGUUUUGCCCUUGUUUGAGACUGGUAUUCCUCUCUUAAAGCAUCGCUUGAGUCAGCUUCCUGAUGCUGAUAAUAUAGUAAUUGCAUUUCCAGACGAUGGUGCUUGGAAGCGAUUCCACAAGCAAUUUGAUAGUUUUUCAGUGGUGGUAUGCACAAAGGUUCGUGAAGGUGAUAAGAGGAUAGUUCGGCUCAAGGAAGGCAAUGCCACUGGUCGGCAUGUGGUCAUUGUUGAUGAUUUGGUCCAAUCUGGAGGGACCCUGAUCCAGUGUCAGAAAGUUUUGGCAGCCCGUGGUGCAGCAAAGGUGAGUGCUUAUGUCACCCAUGGUGUAUUUCCUAAUCAAUCAUGGGAGAGGUUCAUUUCUAAAGAUGAUGGCUUGGAGAAGGCAUUUUCCUACUUCUGGAUCACAGAUUCUUGCCCACUUACUGUCAAAGCUAUUGAAAAUAAGGCUCCUUUUGAAAUAUUGAGUCUAGCUGGGUCUAUUGCCAAUGCUCUACAAAUUUGAAGGCAAAAACAUCACACGAGGGGAAAAUCAUGGAACUAUAAAAGGGAUAUCCACUGCAACGUUUCCAUUUUAAUAUUUUAAGAAGUCCCCCUGUCUAGUCUCUGUCAAGUUGCUGACAUCCAUUCACUUCUGCUCUAUUGCUGUAUGAGCUUAGUGCUGUGACAAUUGUGAAUUUAGUUUUAGCUCUUGACUGAUUGUAUGCUGAACAUAUUUCUUGAUGUCAACUAAUUUAUUAGAUCGUA